AGUAAGACCCACAACAUAAUAUGGUGGAUAGUCUAUGAAGAAAAUAUACAAGUUUUUAAAUUAAAACAUCCUUGCUUUUAAUUUUUCUGAACCUUAUUUGGUUUUAAGCUGUACAGAGUUUUAGUCUGCAAGCUAAAAUACUUACUUUAUUUGUUAUAUCUGUUUUUAAAUAAAGAUUUUAAUACAACAAAGAAAUGCAAUGGACAAUAAUAGAAUCGCCGAUUACUUCUUAAUAUCCGGCAUACGAGAUGAUCUUCAACCUCCUCUGUUCCACGAUGGAUUCGUGGACGAAAACUUUUUAUUAAAGGAGGAAGCGCAUAAAGUCGAUCCUAUAACUGAUUUGGCAGUUAUAAUUCCUACUUUGGGUGAAGAAUGUCCAGAAGGUUAUAAACGCAUUGAGAAAACAGUCAAUGGGUAUCCUGCCGAUCUUAAUCAUGGUUCUAUUAGAUCGCCGGAUAUGUAUCUGUGCUAUAGGAGGGGACGAGAUCGUCCGCCUCUUACUGAUAUCGGUGUCAUGUAUCACGGUAAAGAACGCUUAAUGCCUGGAUGUCAAAUAGUUCAGUAUACACCUACAAAUCACAAUGCUAACGUCAAUAAUACAGCCGGUAAGAUUUAUUUAACUUACAUGAGAGCUGAAGAUACAGCAUCUGCGGAUACGUUGGUCGUAACGGACAUUUGCAUAAUCCUCACAAAUAAAGGAGAAACACCACCUCACACUUAUAUGCAGAUCCCCAAAAGUCUUAAUAAGGCUUUAGUUGGCUCAGAUGUUUAUAUUUGUUAUAAGAAAUCUGAAAGGAACGCAAAGACUAUUGUCUACGAACCUCAAUUACUAUCACGAUAUCCAAAAGAAGACGAUCGUGAGUGUCCACUACCAGUUAGUGUUGAGAGAUUUUGCUUGCCACUCGGUGCAACAAUAGAAGUAUGGCCUGUUGAAGCGGAAGAACCUCAUCCUAAGUUUUCCACGUUCGUUCUUACGGGUGAAGCUGGUUCAAAAUCAUACGGAGCAGCGGUUAGCUUCUAUGAGGAAAUGAACAAAAGCGAGUUAGACUGUCAUACUUUAGCUCAAUUGGGCAUUGAAACCAUGUCAGAUAGAAGAACGGUGCAUGUAUCUAAAAGUAUUGGUUUAAUUUCGAGAUGGCCCUUCUUCGAAGCUUUCGAACAGUUUUUACGCUACUUGUACACUAUUUCAAAAAAAGAAGAUGAGCAAAAUUUGCCAAUUGAAAGAUGUAUCAGUCAUUUUUUCAACAAUGUUCCAUUUCCUACAAAUCUUACAUCAAGGAUAGUAGUUCAAUUUCCCGCUCAAGUUAUAUCUAUUUCAAAACCGAUGGACAUGCCUCUACCCCAAAACGGGGCAUCUUAUACAACACUUUUAUCGAAUCUUGGUCCAGAGAAUUGUCUUCUACUUCUAGCAUUAUCACUAUGUGAAAAGUAUAUGAUUAUACAUUCUCUUCGAACUCCUGUUUUAACAUCAACUGCUGAAGCCGUUGCCAAUAUGGGAUUUCCUCUUCGCUGGUCAUGUGCCUAUGUUCCAUUAUUGCCAGUACAGUUAGCAAAAACUUUAGAAUCACCAGUUCCUAUUGUCAUUGGAUUGGAUUCAAAAAUUUUUGAUACUUACGAAGUGAACACUGAAAUUUUUGUCUUAGUUGAUUUGGAUACUUGCCAGAUCUAUAAUCCUUAUCAUAAGGAAAUCAAUGUAAAAUUACUGCCAAAAAAGCCUGCAAAAAUCUUAAAGAAUACUUUGGAGCGUCUUUUUAAAGAUAUUCAAAAGUUGAAAGAUAUUAGUAGUCGGCAACAGAAAAUUUUAUCGCUAGAUUUGGAUUCAUUGGAACUUAAAACAAAAAUACAACAAAAAGAAAGAAGACUUGAAAAGGAAAUAUGCGAAGCGUUUCUUCGUUUUAUGUCCUGUGUUUUAAAAGGUUAUAGUAGCUUUUUGAAACCAAUGAAAGAAUGUAGAGGAACAAAAUUAUCUCUUCUUUUCGAUACUGAUGGUUUUCUUAAAAGUAAAAAUGAAAAUUAUAGAAGGCUUCUUAAAGAAAUAGUCAAAACGCAAACAUUCAAUAUUUUUAUCCAAGAAAGAUCUUUCGUAUCGGAUCAGGAUACUUGUUUAACAUUCUUCGACGAAUGUAUAGAGAAGGUGGACGAAAAUAAAGACGAACCUCCAUUAUUCGAGGCUGAGGUCAGAAAUGAGAAUACAAGGUUUAUUGGAGAGCCAGAAGGAGACGAUGUUAAAUAUAAAUAUGGCAAGUUUCCUAUUUUGGAUCAACGAUUAUUGCCAGUUGAGAACUUUAUUAUGAAAACACCCGAGACAAAAACACUAAAACUACUUGGUCCAAUGACUUUAAGAACUAAACAAGAAGUGAGGUCUGCCCAGAGAAAUGCCGAAAAAAUUUCGACUUCUCCUGAUUUAUGGGUAAAAUACCUAAUGAGCCAUUGUUAUAGUUUAUGGUUCAUACACCUACCAUCAUACGUUCGAUCAGCUCACUCUAAGGAGAAAGCAUUACGAACAGCAUUCAAUAUUCUAGUCCGAUUACAAAAUUCAAAAUUAAUUGCUAUAGAUGAAGUGUGCUAUAGAAUACUAAUGCAAUUGUGUGGAAUAUAUGAUCAACCAACUUUAGCUCAGAGUCUAUUAUCUGAAAUGAGAAAACACAGUGUUCAGCCAAACGCAAUGACUUAUGGAUAUUACAAUAAGGCUGUGUAUGAUUCACAAUCAGCUUCUAGUGAUACUCGUUCAGCUUAUCGAAGAUGGAUUCUUCUGAAAAAUAUUGUUAUGGCUAUAGCUCAAUUUCGUAUAAAUCUUUUGGUUAAAAGAAAUAAUCUAUUAAUAGUCCACGAAAGUGAUGAUUGCCUGAGUCGAAAUAGUCUGGAGUACCUAAUGGAAGAUGGAGCUAAAAUUCCAACCGAAGCACCUGCCCCACAUAAAAUGUUUGAUGUUCAUUCAACAAGUUCCAAAAGUGACGAUAGAACUAGUAUAGGAGGUGUAUCAGACCGUGGCUAUAGUUCUCUUUCAAAUGAAGAUGGGAGGAAAUUAUCACAUGUAAAUGGAAGUCAAGAUUCAUUGAAUAAAUUAAGGAAAGCUUCACAAACUACCCCGGUUUUUCGACGUCUUUUUACGCCAUCUAAAGGAACGGAUGUAUUAAAACGAGCCGCAUUUACAAAACGAGUAUCGAAUAUUGUUCGACCGUCUUUAGCGAAAAGUACUUCAUUACCAAGAGGAGCGGGUGAAAAAUAUGGUAGUCAAGCCGGGGAUCUGAUAACUCCUUACGCAUUGCAAGAGUCCCAUAAUAGAAUACCGAGGAGGCGAUCUAGUUUUGGAAUUGAAAAAUGCGAACGACCGAAACAACUUCUUACAGAUGUAGGAAGUGAACCUUUAGAAAACAAGGACAUUGAAAAAACUAAAAGCUCUCCAAGCCAUACUAUUGCUACACCAACUCCUGUAACAAUAAAUGAUCCACUUGGCCAUUUUACUACUCCUCCCUCAACAGCUGCAUCAACACCCCAAAAAUCAGUUCCAAAAACCGGCUUCGUAGACCUACAACCAUUCCAGAAUUGGUCUGACUCGUAUAAUGAUGCAUCUGAGACCUUGACAAUUAAGAAGAGUGUAGUCAGUGAAGAAGACUUAAGUAGAAAAGCUAUAAAUCAAACACCAAAAUCUAGGAAACCAUUAGUCAGGGCAGAAUCAUUAAAUAAGGCAUUUGGUUCAGCAAAAAAGUAUGCUUCAUCUGCUUGGAAAAAGAUAGGCGAUUUUUCAUUAACCCCAACUAAAGCCUCAACGAGUUCAACGGGAAGUUUAGUUUCGGUUCCUGGUAAAAAUUCAAUAACCGAAGAGGAAAGAAUUAGUUGGGAAAGUGUAUCUCAAGAUCGUUUGUCUUUGGACGAUGGUCUUGAUAAAAAGAGAAAUCAUUUAGCAUGGGAUGCCGCCUGGGAUCUAUGGGGAAAGUCUAGGGAUUAUUUAUCAACUGCACUGUCGUUACAUCAGGAUUCACCGGAUAUUUCUGAUCAAGUUUCAUCUGUUCCCCAACAUUUAAUCCCGUUUGAUGGAGAGACCAUCUCAAUAAAUCAACAGAUAACCGGCUCCAACCAAAGUCUCUCUCAAAUUGUUCAGACAAAAAUAGAAGCACAAAUAUCUUCUAAUUUCCGUUGCGAACACUGUCAAUCGUUGUUGUACGAUGAAGAAAUCACUGCUGGUUGGACUUCAAAUGACUGCAACUUCAAUACCAAUUGCCAAUUUUGCUCUAAAGAGGUUGUCACUAGACUUGUUAUAUAUAUUAAAGAUUCUAGAAAAGACGGUUCAAGGAGGGAAUUAUCAGUUUUGUAUCUUAAUCCUCUUGUAUUACGGAGACAGCUUGAGAGCAUAAUAGAGAAUGAAGGAGACUUAUCUCUAACAGAUGAAAAUUUUAGUAUUGAUCAUGCUGAAGUAUUUUGGAAUUUAUUAUGGUACUUUAGAAGACUUAACGUUCCUUCGAAUUUGCCGGGCUUGUUAGCUAAAGACGUUUCAAGCAGACAAGUAGUUAUCAGGGCUAUCUGGGAUAAUUUAAAAAUUCAGGACGAAGUGGGAAUGCCUAUGUACGUUUUACAUGAUCAGUCAAAUUCUCCCUCGCCAACCGUUCAAGCUCUAUUAACUGACCAACAGCCAUUUUCUGCAAAUAUUCGAAAUGAUUUAAUUCAUUUUAUUAUUGGAAAUGAUAUAUUGUCGGCAAUUAAGUUGACUUUAUCUGAACGACAAAAAUUGUUUAAUGUUAAUCAGGCAGCUUCUAGUCGUUUCCGGCAUAGAAGUGUUUAUAGGAACCUUCUAUUUUUGGCAUGUUUUUCAUUGGGAAGACAAAAUAUUGAUUUAGAUGCAUUUGAUAGAGAAUAUGCUGCAGCAUAUCAACAAUUAACUCCAGCUGAGAAAAGACAGCUAAGAAGGUUUGAUCAACCUCCGAAUAUGAGGACAAUGUGGGCUCGUAAAAUGUUCGAGCCCUUAGAAUUGGUGGCAAUUCAGUUAUGAACUGAUUUAUGUGUAUAGCAUUCCCAUUAGAUCGAGAAAAAAAACCCUUUAUUUGGGUUUUUUUGUAUGAAAGGAAUUCCAACAUUCGUUUGUUUGUUCUAGAACUUUAUUUCCGUUAUGUAGUUUUAUAAUUGGGAGUAUUUUAUAUGUUUAGUGGUUGACAAAUUUCAUCAAGAUAUAGUUAUAUUAAGUAUCGUGCUAAAUGAUGAAAGAUAUUUGAAUAAUAAUUAAAAAGACAACUAUUCAAAACUGUAAUCACACUUUUAUUUUGAAGAUUUAACUAGAAUCUUGCUUAUACUCAUCUUGCAAUCAUCAGUUUCUUUUUGCCUUCUCUUCAAUCUUAUUUCCCAUUCUUUCAAUAUGAAUAUCUUUUUGUCAAAGGAAGACAAGAAUUGUGUUAAAAAUAACUUUUCUACCUAUAAUCAGCAGCUUCGAAAAUAACAUCUUUUAUCCCGAUAUAAAAGGAAGCCGUUACUUUUUCUCCGAAUUAUUUAUAUGACAUAUAGGCCUAUAGAAUGAAUAUACUGUAUAUUCUAUAGCUUGUAUAAAUCGUAUAUAUCAUAUACUGUAUAUGCAUGUAUGUCAAUAUUGAAAAAUAAAAUGACAUUUUAUAGUUGAGAAGCAUAAUGAAUGUC